AGAGAGAGAGGGCAGUCGUCAAUGCGCUACGCUCGCAAGGGGAGUAAGGGAGCGAAAAAACGGAACGUGGACACAAUGGAUUGUCAAAUACACGAAUUAUAAAGGAGCAAGGAUUUAGGAAACACAGGGAAUAAGGAGGCGAGGUAGUCCCGGCAGAGCUUCAGUAUGCUGUCAUUGCUGUCCGUCAGUCCCACUCCGAGGUGCACUUGAUUAACCAUGAUGAAGACGGAACCCCCGACCGCGGGGGGCAACAACGGCGGCGCCGGGGCGACCCUGAGGAGCCCGUCCCCCCACCGGAACGCGUACGAGGCCGGGCUGCAGGCGCUGAAGCAAGCCACAGACGCCCUCAGCAGCACGGCCAACGGCGGCAACGGCAAGGACGGCAAGCCGCCGCCGCUGCCCCGGCCCACGGGCCGCGGGCGGCGCUACGGCUCCAACGUGCACCGCAUCAAAAACAUGUUCAUGCAGAUGCAGUCGCCGGGCGACGACGACGACCCGUCGAAGGCGGGCGCCGAGCAGACCGUCAAACUGUCGCUGCCCCGGGCCAGCAGCCUGAACGAGAACGUGGACCACAGCGCCCUGCUCAAACUGGGCGCCACCGUGUCGGAGCGCGUCAACCGCUUCGACCCCAAGGAGGGAGGGGCGGGGGCGGGGGGCCCCGGCUCGGCGGGGUACUCCAAGCUGCAGGAGACCAGGAAGAUCUUCGAGCAGCGCACGCUGCAGGAGAAGCAGGCGGCCACCAACCGCAUCCUCCUGAAGAAGGAGCGCGCGUCGGGCUUCCAGGACGGCCGCUUGGACGUGGUGGUGCGCUUCAACGGCAGCACCGAGGCCCUGGACCGGCUGGACGCGGUCGGGAGCGGCGGAGGGGAGGCGGUCAGCCCCACGGUGAGCCAGCUGAGCGCCGUGUUCGAGAAGGGAGACCUGAGGAACCACCUCCACCGGCCCUCCUCCACCUCGCCCCUGCCCCGUGGGGAGAGCCCCAAGCCCUCAGGCCUCGACUCCAACGCCUCGGCCCAGAAAGUGCGCGUGCCUCCCCCUGGAGGUCAGGAAGAGGGGGGCCACCAGGCCUCCGACCAGGAGGGGUCCCCCCGGAGGAACAGGGCAGCCCCCCGACACGAAGACGGGGCCUCUGGCGGCCCUCGACCCGGGGACAGAACCUCCACCGCCUCCUCCGGCGAUGCUGAGCGGGAGGCCGGAACUGAAGCCAGGGGCUCGAGUACGGGAAGCGACCCAGGCAGGGAGUCCAAACCUGGGGAGCAGCAGGACUCGGAGGGCCCCGAGGCGGGGAGCCGGCUGGUCCAGGCCGAUGUCCACGCCUCCCGGGAGAACGGAGAGGAGGCGCGCUGUGAUGCCACGCAGCGAGAGGGCGGAGAGAGGGGAGCGGGGGAGGAGCCAGAGGCGGGGUCUGGGCUGGAGGGGCGGGAGGAGGACGGUGGGGAGGAGGAGUCUCGGAAGGAGGAUUACUCGGAGGGAGACCUGGUGGACAUCAGUGCGUACAGCGGCAUCGGGGAGGACUCUGGAGGGAGCCAGCUGGACGAGGACGAGGAGCAGGAAGAGGAAGCCUACGAGCCCGAGUCCAGCUCCUCUGAAAUGCCGGGACUUCCCCCGGAGGAGGAGCCUCCGCCAGCCAAUAGGAAGAUCUGCUUCAGCACUGGACCAAUCAAGGUGUUCACCACCUACUCUAAUGAGGACUACGACCGCAGGAACGAUGACGUGGACCCCAUGGCCGCCUCGGCGGAGUACGAGCUGGAGAAGAGGGUGGAGAAACUGGACCUGUUCCCCGUGGAGCUGGAGAAGGAUGGAGAUGGGCUGGGGAUCAGCAUCAUAGGGAUGGGUGCAGGAGCCGAUAUGGGGCUGGAGAAGCUGGGCAUCUUCGUCAAGACGGUCACCGACGGAGGGGCCGCUCACCGAGACGGGAGGAUCCUGGUGAAUGACCUGAUAGUGGAGGUGGACGGGACCAGUCUGGUGGGCGUCACCCAGACCUUCGCUGCCUCCGUGCUCCGCAACACCACCGGCACCGUCAAGUUCAUGAUUGGCCGAGAGAAGCCAGGGGAGCAGAGCGAGGUGGCCCAGCUGAUCCAGCAGACCCUGGAGCAGGAACGCUGGCAGAGGGAGAUGAUGGAGCAGCGCUACAACCAGUACAUGGACGAGGACGAGGAGACGGGAGAGUACGCCACGGACGAGGAGGAGGAGAUGAGCCCCAUGUUCCCCAACGCCAUUGAGGUGUUCGACCUGGCCGAGAACGAGGACAUGCUGUCGCCCGUGGAGAUGGACCCCGAGAAGCUGGCCCACAAGUUCAAAGAGCUUCAGAUCAAGCAUGCUGUCACCCAGGCUGAGAUUCAGCAGUUGAAGAGAAAGCUGGCUCACGCCGAGCAGGACAAGCUGCGCUGGCGCAUGGAGCGCGCUCAGCUGGAGCAGAACGUGCGGGAGAACAAGGAGCGCAUGGAGAAGCUGGAGGGCUACUGGAUGGAGGCCCAGUCGCUGUGCCAGGCGGUGGACGAGCACCUGAAGGAGACCCAGGCGCAGUACCAGACCCUGGAGCGCAAGUACAGCAAGGCCAAGCGCCUCAUCAAGGACUACCAGCAGAAGGAGAUAGAGUACCUGAAGAAGGAGACGGCUCAGCGUCGGGCCCAGGAGGAGACAGAGACCUCUCACAAGGAAGAGGCAGGCACCCUGCAGAGCCAGAUCUCGGACCUGGAGACCAAGGUGGACGCUCUGAAGACCUCCGAGCCCUCAUAGACCUCCUCCUGCCCUCUCCUUUCCUCUCCUCCCCCCCUCCUCCUCCUCCUCCUUCCAGACAGGAAGGACUCCACACUGGGGCCUGUCUUUGUCCAGACAAGAUGUUCCGAUGGGCUCCUGGGGAAAACAAACAGAGAAGAGGGAAGGAGAGGGAAACUCACGGAGCACCAGUUGGG